UGCUGAUUUGCUUUUGCGCGUUUUAUUCCGCUUAUUUAGAGCAGCAGAAGGACUGACGGGUCUUAAGCACGUAGCACUCUGUGUCACAAUAUGCAAGGCAGCACCCACUGACUUCCUCAAACCGGUUUCACCGAGCUGCAGGAGGCGGAUAACUUUACAGCACUCUCUCUGUCUCUCUCUCUCGCUCUGUCUCGGCCACUGCACUGUUUGGAUUCAUUCAGCUCGUUUCUCCGGGAGACCAACUACUAAUCGCUACGAUGCACCAACAGCUGAGGGGAGAGAGUGACUACGAGCAGCUACCUGAUGACGUGCCUGUUUCUGCUCAUGUCGCCGAUGUGGAACAGGCCAAAGGAAUCUCGGCCUAUUUCAUGUUUGUGAUCCAGGUGAAGCAGAAGGGAGACGGGAGGUACUUCAUAUUCCGUCGUUACCGACAGUUCCACAGCCUCCAGGCGAAGCUCAGGGGCAAGUUCGACCCAGAGAACAACAAGAACUUCAACACCUGCGUCUUGCCGGCUCUGCCAGGGAAGGUUUACCUUGGCAACAAGCAAGAGAUUGCAGAGAAACGGAUUCACGAACUCAACAUCUACAUGAAGAAACUCCUGGCCCUUCCGGCCUGGAUCCUCCUGGAUGCGGAUCUGCGGAUUUUCUUCUACCAGACCACGGAGGACAGCGUGCAGGUACCAAAGUCCCUCCGGAGGCUGAGGCCGCCGACCCGCAAAGUCCAAACCAAGACUGUAAAGGAAGAAGUGAUCCCAGAAGAUGAGAAGCCCUGGGCCGAGGCUCUGUAUAACUUUACUGGGGCAAAUGACUUGGAACUGACAUUCAAAGCUGGCGACAUCAUCUAUCUGCUGAAGAAAGUUAACGAACAGUGGUUCGAGGGCAUUCACAGUCACAGCACAGGCAUCUUCCCAAAAUCUUUUGUGAGAAUCAUCAAAGAUUUAUCGCAAGAGGUGGCCACCAUUCAGGAGGACAGGAGGAUCGUGGCUCAUUGGUUCCGUUGUGUCCAUCACAAAGAAGACUGUUGUGAGAUCAGGGACAUCUACCUGAAGACUGGCAUCUCUCUGCAGCCAGAAUACAAGAUGCUCUUGUCCAAGAUGAGGGCCGAAUUUGAGACCGAGGACAUCGCUCUCAACUACUGCGACCCGGAAGGAGACCUGGUGCGUAUAUUGGACGACACGGACUUGGAGCUGAUGGCGGUGGAGGCUGAGGAAAGGCCAAAGGUCACCAAGGCCGACUUUGUCCCGUGGCGUGUGCACGUGAGCAGGAAGCACGAUCUCACCGUCUACAAUAUCCACCCGUGAACCACUACCCACCGACUAAUGGCCAGUUUAACGGAUUAGCCUCUUUGCUGCAAUACUAACUUGGAGAUCAUUUAAUAUUGUCAUGACUGAUCCCCUUUUCACUGAAGUGGGAACUAAGUUAUUCUACGUCUGGUUUUGGACGGGCGUACGUCACCUCCCGUCUCUCGCCUUGCUUCGAGGAUGCAUUUGUUGAAAGAUGUCCUCCAGCUUCCAGCAACCACAAUCAUCCGCUGAUCUUCAAUUUCUGUUUUUGGCCAUUGGUUGUAGCCAUUGAAGGCAUGGGAGGGCGGCACGGUGGCGCAGCGGGUAGAGCUGCUGCCUCACAGCGCCAGAGACCCGGGUUCGAUCCCGACUACGGAGUUUGUACCUCCUC